AUACAGAGACUUCGAGAAAAAAAGUACUGCGUUCAUCUUUUAUUCUAUUUCAGAAUCUCUAGCUGCACUUUUUCACAAACUGUUUUUGAGUACUCAUGAUCUAUGCAACCUUUCUCUUUCUUCCUUUUUCUCGGCACAAAAUCAUGUUUGUUUGGGGUUUAUCUCAAUCACUUGCAACACAAGUCAUGUUUAUUUAGGGUUUUGCUUAAUCACUGUACUGGAUUUUCUGAACUUGGGGGUCGUAAUUAGUCGAUUUUCUGACUGCUAUGUAAUUCCAAAUUCUAGGGCUGCUCAUUGUUAGAUAAAGACUUGUUUUAUUUGUUGCCUUAUGUCAAAUUUUUUGGUGGAUAUGGAAGUGCUAGCUUCAGCCUUGUUGCGAUUAUUGGGGGGAGUAGGCAAAUUGGUGUCUGUUUGCUUUUGGGUUCAAUCCCUUUAUAUAGCAGAUGGAAAUCUGGCCUUUAUAAAUUUCUUCCCCUGAAAGAAAAACAGAAGUUAAUGCUUGUACUCCUUCUCCGUUUGGUUAACAAGUUUGGCUAUUCUGUGACAAUUUUAUCUGCUUAAGGCUGAAUGUGUAGUACCCCAAACAUUAUGUAGUGUCUUAAAGAUGGUAAUUUGUUUUUGGGUAUUGAUUUGAGUCAAUUACUCGUUGUCUGUUACUUGCAGAUAUGACAGGUGUUGCUAGUGGAAGUUCACAAUUUGAUGCUCAUCAAUAUGAUGCUAAGAUGAAUCAGUUACUUUCAACUGAUGGACAAGAAUUCUUCACCUCAUUCGAUGAGGUUUAUGAGAGUUUCGACUCUAUGGGAUUGCAAGAAAAUCUCCUUAGAGGCCUUUAUGCAUAUGGUUUUGAGAAGCCUUCUGCGAUUCAGCAGAGGGGCAUUGUUCCUUUCUGCAGAGGUCUUGAUGUGAUUCAACAGGCUCAAUCCGGAACCGGGAAAACAGCAACUUUCUGCUCUGGAAUUUUGCAAAACAUUGAUUAUGAUCUCUACCAAUGCCAGGCUUUGGCUUUGGUACCAACCAGGGAGUUGGCACGACAGAUCGAGAAGGUUAUGCGAGCACUUGGUGACUAUCUUCGCGUGAAGGUUCAUGCUUGCGUUGGUGGGACAAGUGUUCGUGAGGAUCAACGAAUUCUUCAAGCUGGUGUCCAUGUUGUUAUUGGAACUCCGGGGCGUGUUCUUGACAUGUUGAAGAGGCAAUAUCUUAGGUCAGAUUGCAUUAAGAUGUUUGUAUUGGAUGAAGCUGAUGAAAUGCUUUCUCUUGGUUUCAAGGAUCAGAUCUAUGAUAUUUUCCAGCAGCUGCCAUCGAAUAUUCAGGUGGGGGUGUUUUCUGCUACUAUGCCAUCUGAAGCCCUUGAACUCACAAAGAAGUUUAUGAACAAACCUGUGAGGAUCUUAGUAAAGCGGGAUGAGCUCACUCUUGAGGGUAUCAAACAAUUUUAUGUCAAUGUUGAUAAGGAACAAUGGAAGUUCGACACACUGUUUGAUCUCUACGAGACCUUAACCAUCACCCAAUGUGUCAUCUUUGUCAACACAAGGCGCAAUGUGGACUGGCUUACUGACAAGAUGCGCAGCCGUGAUCACACCGUCUCUGCUAUCCAUGGUGAAAUGGAACAGAACACUCGUGAUAUCAUUAUGCGUGAAUUCAGAUCCGGCUCUUCUCGUGUUCUAAUAACCACUGAUCUCAUGGCUCGCGGUAUUGAUGUGCAGCAAGUAUCUCUUGUGAUAAAUUAUGAUUUGCCAACUCAACCAGAAAAUUACCUUCAUCGUAUAGGACGAAGUGGAAGAUUUGGAAGAAAAGGUGUGGCGAUCAACUUUGUGACAUCAGACAGCGAGAGAAUGCUGCAUGACAUUAAAAACUUUUACCAAGUUGUCAUUGAGGAGCUGCCGGACAGAUUUGGUGAUCUCCUCUGAGGAGCUGAUAUUGUUUGGAGGAAUAUUUUCUUAUAGGAGCAAUAUGUAGUGUUUCCUGGUGGCAUGCUAUAGGUUUUUUGUUGUACCUUUUAUUUUAUGUUUUUGGAUAGACUAUAUAGCCCCAAUGAUAUUUUGAUCAAAGGGACCAAUCUAUUGGGGUAGCUCAUGCCCAAUUUUGUAUUACAUAUGUAGUGCCUUUUUUUGGGACCUGCUGUAGGCUACAGAUUGUUUCAGUUAUAAUUUUCUAUUGUAAACUCUAAACUUUGUCUGGACUCAUUGGUUCG